AUGGCAAGGAAACAAGUUAAAUCGAAGGUUGCUGAAAAGGUUGAAAAGAAACAAAACAUAACAACUCCAAGUGAAAAGUCAGUAGAAGAUAUUGAACAUGAUUUACAAUUACCAUCCUCAUCUGAUGAGGAAGAAGAUAUAGAACAAGAAGAAUUAUCUGAAGAAGAAAGCAGUGGUGAUGAAGAAGAAGAAGAAGUAGAAAAAGAAGAUAAUAUAAAUGGAUUAUCUGACGAAGAACAAGAAGAAGUACAACAACAACAACAAAACAAAGCUAAUAAAUCUGGUCAUUCCGUCAACAAAAUCAUUAAAACUUCUGAAGCUACUACCACCAAUACAUCAGCAAACAAUAAAUCUACAAAAUCCAAAUCUGGUGUCAUAUAUAUUGGUAGAUUACCAUCAGGAUUUCAAGAAUCAGAAUUGAAAACUUAUUUUUCUCAAUUUGGUGAUGUGAUUAAUGUUAAAUUAGCUCGUAAUAAAAAAACUGGUAAUACUAAACAUUAUGGAUUUAUAGAAUUUGAUUCAAUUGAAGUAGCUAAAGUUGCUGCUGAAACCAUGAAUAAUUAUUUAUUAUUUGGUCAUUUAAUUAAAUGUGAAGUUGUUGAAAAUCCUCAUGAAGAUACUUUUAAACAUGGUAAUAGAAAAUUCAAAGUUAUUCCUUGGAAGAAAAUUGCUAAAGAAAAACAUGAAAAAUCGAGAACAGAAGAAGAAUGGAAAGUAUUGAUUGCAAAAUUUGAAGAAUCUAAACAGAAAAAGCAAGAAGAAUUGAAAAGUAAAGGUAUUGAUUUCGAUGUUAGCGCAAUAUAG